AUAUCUUGUUGCAUGAUAAGUGUUGGUUGCUUUGUGUUACUAACCUUUUGCAUUUGGCAUGGAAGUACUAGGUGAGUCCCUUCCUGCUGUGUUAUUGGAGUGUCAUGCCCCUUGCACGCAUUCACUCUCAUUUUGCAUUAGGUCUGUGUUUGAGGUGAACCCGACCUCUAGUCUGGAAUCCUUAUGAAUCUGGCUUGGAAGAGCAAUUCUUCCCGCUUUGAGGAGUAAGACCAGUUCCCAUUAGGUUGUUUCCAUUGGUUAAUACGACACUUGAUGAUGUAAUAUCAUUCCGUGUAUUAGCUUUUGGAAAUAUCUCCCGUUGAUUCCGAAAGGAUAAAUGGUUGAGAAGGCCUAAUGCCCUUUAGGAAAACAUGUAGUGGCCUUAGAGAGAUACCAACCCUAAGACAUGUUUCCCUUAGCAUCCCACCCGUGAGGUUAGGGAUCCCAUGUUUAAGACACAAAGGGGGCAUUUUACUUCACU